GGGGCGGGGCGGGGCGGCGCCGGGCCGGGGCGGGCCUCCCGGGCUCAGCGCAGCAUCAGCCGGCGCUGCCCUGGCCUGGAGCUACUGGGCGGCCCCGCGUGGUCCCCCUGCCCGCCGCAGCCCUGGGCAGCUCCGGCGUGCGGGGCGAAGGGGAGAACAGGCUCCAAGCAGCGCUGAGCUUCUACCUCUGCCGUGUCCCCGAGCAGGCGGCCGCGGGCACAGGGAUGAGCCGCUUUCUGAACGUGCUGCGCAGCUGGCUGGUGAUGGUGUCCAUCGUGGCACUGGGGAACACACUGCAGAGCUUCCGCGACCACGGCUUUCUGUCCGAGAAGCUGUACACGGACGCGCCCAGCCUGGUGAAUGGGCUUCAGGCUCGGACCUUUGGCAUCUGGACCCUGCUUGCAUCAGUGAUUCGUUGUGCCUGUGCCGUAGACAUCCGCAACAAGACCCUCUAUCACAUCACCCUCUUCAGCUUCUUCAUAGUUCUGGCCCAUUUCCUCGCUGAAGUGUUCAUUUACCGCACCGCAGCCCUGACAAUCGGUGUGAUGGCUCCCCUGAUGGUAGCAAGUUUCUCCAUCUUGGGUAUGUUGAUUGGGCUACAGUACCUGGAGGUGGAAGCAGUAUCACGAAACAAGAAGAGGAAUUGAACCCAAAGGACCCACAUGUCAAAAUCACCUGCCUGCUGCCUCUAGACCUUCACUGCCAAACACCUGCUGUCUUAUGCCCAAACUGCCUCUCCUCCAGCCCUGUACGUAAAAUCAUAGAGGUAUGGAACUGGAAGGAAUAAGAAUUCACCUAGUUCAACCCCAUACUCAAGGCAGGACGGUCUCUGAGCCAUCCUAGACACUUUCUGGACAUCUCAUCAAAUUCCUCUUCAUUAUCAGCUGGUCUUAUCUGUGCAGGCAACAUUUUAACUGUGACCAGUGUCAAGAGUCUGUCCCUGCACUGCUACUCUGAUAGCUGCCAGGGCCUAUCCCCAUGCAGGGUGAGGCAUCUUAAGCUCCUGGGGAUAGUGAGGGGAUUUAUUGUCAACUGUGCCCAACAUAGUUUAGCCAAGUUCUUCCCCAGAGGGGAGGAAGGAAUUGAAAUACCCAUGAUCCACUGGGGAUUUCUGCAGGGGAGAUGCUGAGUCCAGCCUGGCACUGCUGUGUAGUAUGCAUGUGUCUGUGUUCACAGAAACCAUUUGUAAUAAACCACAGAGAACUGUG